AAGCCUGCCAAAAGUCCCAUUCUACAAACGGUGCUGCACCAGUUGAGUAGUCCUCGACUUACGACGGUUGGGGGUCACGACAUUAAAAAGGUUGAGAACCACUGCUGUAGAUGUUAAUAUAGCCCAGAAACGGGGCUUUAACACACUGAGGAACCCAGGCACAUAACUAGCUUUAUGGAAAGCCAAUAGGAUUGUCUGAUGUCUGAAGGGAGAAUGUAUCUGAACAAGAGUAGAGAAGGUGGAUAUUUACAGGAUAAUCAAAGCCAUACCUGCGGCCAAAAGUUCAGAUUAUGCAACUCUAGUUGAUGGCACAUGUGAUUUCCCCUAAUUUAGUAAUGCAAUUAUGAACCCAACCCAGAGUCGUUUGCUUAAAGCAGGAUUAAGCAAAGCAAACCAUGAAUUAAGUGUGAUGACUGAGUCAAGGUACUGAAUUUGUUUUCCGCCCUUAUGAACACCACGUUCAGAGCCAGUUUAAUGUGUGAAAGUGCUGGCCUAGAAACCAGGAGGCUGUGAAUUCUAGUCCUUCCUUGGACAUGAAUGCUGCUGGGUGACCUUGGACCAAUCACCAAGAGACAGGUGAGUUCUAGUUUCGCCUUAGGUGUGAAAGGUGGCUGGUGAUUGGGCCAAUCAUUCUCUCAGCCCAACCUCACAGGGUUGUUUUGGUGGAGAAAAUGGGAGGAGGAAGGAGUAUUGUUAUGUUCCCCAUCUUGAGUCGUUUAUAAAAAUAAUAAAGGCAAAAUAAAAAUAAAAUUCAAGGGCUGAUUGGCUUCCCUUGGCAUUAUCCAUGGUGAGCAAUAAUGCCUCUUUUAGCCCACCCUGCACAAACAGGCCAGCCUACCACAUGGCUUUGCUAUUGGACUACAACUCCCAUGAUGGCCACCUACUAGGAAGGUUUGGAGGCAGCACUGAGAAGGAAUACAGAGAUUGUGGCCUUUGGGAAAAAAAAAAUUCAACAGCCAUUAUGCUAAUAAUCCCCUUCAUCUGGAUAGACAGAACUGAAAAUACAAGUGAAAGAAUGUGAAGAAACAUAGCACUAGGACAAUUUUUCCCCAGAUCACCAGUCUUUUUGUUAGCUCCUGGAUGUAAAAUUAUGGGGUGCAUCCGCUUUGCUUUGGUGCUGGACUGGACUGGAGUGAAUGUACUACAGCUGCUACUUCUGCCUCAAAGAAGUAAGAAUGUCUAAGCCCUUGGAACUGGAAAAGAUGCGCCUGGAGCUGCAAGAAGACCACACAGAUACAGAAAGAAAUGGACCUGACACAAACCAUCAGACUCAGCAGAGCAAAUCUUCCCCGUUCUCCCCAUCCCCAACCAUCACGGGCACCAAGAUCAAAGCUGAAGACUCUGCAGAAAUGCCUCCGGCUCCAGUGUCAGCCCCAGCCCCAGCCCCCCAAGCUCAGCAGCCGCACCUACCCCAGGCUCAGCUCAUGUUAGCGGGCAGCCAACUUGCUGGGCUCACUGCCCUGAUGCCCGCCCAACAGCAGCUGCUCCUGCAGCAGGCGCAAGCACAGCUUUUGGCAGCUGCCGUGCAGCAGUCUAAUGCUGCCGCCGCCGCCGCUGCCUCCUCCUCCUCUCAGCAACCUGGGGCUGAACUGCCAGCACCACAGAGCCAGCCCCAGACGCCCCAGCUGGCCUUGUCCCAACCCAUCCAGCUCACGGCACAGGAUAUCCAGCAGCUGCUGCAGCUCCAGCAGUUAGUCCUUGUCCCAGGGCACCCCCUGCAGCCCCCUGCACAGUUCCUGCUGCCACAGGCCCAGCAGGGACAGCAAGGGCUGCUUCCGACACCAAAUUUAUUUCAGCUACCUCAGCAAAAUCCAGGGAGCCUCCUGUCGAACCAGCCUCGUGCAGGACUCCCAGCACAGCAAGUGACUCGGCCUGGCCUCCCCGAGUCCCACCUCACUCACUCACAGCCACCCAAAUGCCUGGAGACCCCUUCGCACCCCGAGGAGCCCAGCGACCUGGAGGAGCUGGAACAGUUCGCCCGCACCUUCAAACAACGGCGCAUCAAGUUGGGCUUCACACAGGGUGACGUGGGGUUGGCUAUGGGGAAGCUUUAUGGGAAUGACUUCAGCCAAACGACCAUCUCGCGCUUUGAGGCACUGAACCUCAGCUUCAAGAACAUGUGCAAACUCAAACCUCUUCUGGAGAAAUGGCUGAAUGACGCUGAGACAAUGUCGGUGGACUCCACGCUUCCCAGCCCCAACCAGCUGAGCAGCCCCAACCUGGGUUUUGACGGGCUGCCAGGCCGACGUCGUAAGAAACGGACCAGCAUUGAGACCAAUGUCCGCUUUGCAUUGGAAAAAAGCUUUCUAGCGAACCAGAAGCCUACCUCAGAGGAGAUCCUACUUAUUGCCGAACAGCUGAACAUGGAGAAGGAGGUGAUUCGUGUCUGGUUCUGCAACCGCCGCCAGAAAGAGAAACGGAUCAACCCUUGCAGCUCUGCUCCCAUAUUGCCUGCCCAGAGCAAGCCUGCUGGCUACAGCCCUCUCAUGGUGACCAGCACAGGCAGCGGCACGAGUUUGCCUCUCUCCCAGGCUUCCAGUAGUCUGAGCACAACAGUUACUACCUUGUCCCCAACAGUCUGCUCCCUAACCCCCAGUCGGACAGCGGUCGGAGCAGGGGGCACCACCCUCAACUCGGUCACGCCACCCCCGAGCAACAGCACAAAUCCCAGCCCUCAGAGCAGCAGCCAUCCAGCUCUCAGCUUGCAAGCCCUGAAUCCCAGUACAGGAAGCACAGUGCUAGGGGUGAAUGCAGGGUUAAACUCAGCGCUAAUGGCCACCAACCCACUGGCCACCAUACAAGCCCUGGCCACUGGUGGAAGCCUGCCAAUUACCAGCCUUGAUGCCAGUGGUAACUUGGUUUUGGGUACCACUGCAGGCACAACUGGAAGCCAGAGCAUCGUGACCUCGCCGCUCUUCCUCAACCACGCGGGCCUGCCUUUGCUGAGUGCUGCUCCCGGAGGCGUGGGGCUGGUGUCAGCAGCUGCUGCCAUGGCUGCUUCUAUGCCUAGCAAGUCCCCUACCCUGACUUCCUCCUCCUCCUCUUCCUCCUCCUCCUCUUCUUGUUCCUCAUGCAGCUCCUCCACUGACAUGGCGCAGACAAUGGGGCAAGUUGGUCCUGGAUCCACCGAAUCGGAUGCCAAGAUGGAGUGAGGACUCAGGAGCAUCCACGCUGCCUUUUCUGACAUGGCGGGGGUAGCCAGGAGUGGACGUACAAACCGACACAUGAAACCAAAAAAAAAACAAAAAACCCCAAAACCCAAGCAAACCAAAACCACCAAAACCAAACAAAGAAAUGUCAGCAACAGCCAAACGAGAAGAAAAACAACCCAAAAAUAAUAAUAACCUAAAGCAAACAAGCAAAGCAAAAAGGGGGGGGGGGAAAGGAAGAAACCAAAAAAAAAAAAAAAAUUCCCCAAACCUUUGGCAUUCAUUUGUUUUUCCCCUCUGCAAAAGGUGACAGUCGAUGAUCUGUUUGAUUCCUUUUAACGACUUAUCUUUUUUUUCUUUCAUCUGCUCGUUUCCUGGACAGUAUUAGAAAGGAAACCAAUAAAUGGGGAUAAUUUUUUUUUGUAAAAAAAGAAAAAGAAAAAAAAAAUACUUUUAAAAGAACCUUUAAAAAAUCCUUAAGGGGAAUACAAAUCUCACACCAAAAAUCACCAGUUCUAGCUUCACCCAAAGCUUUUUACAAACUUUUCUAUCUUCAGUGUCUGGUCGAAUGUCUUUCAAAAUGCUUUUAUUUAUUCUUAUUUAUUCUUUCCCUUUUCCUUGGAUCCAGAAAGGGUUGGACAGGAAAAGAACGGAUUGAUUUAAUUUUAGGAUCUUCCUAUAAAUAUGUUCUUUUAUUUUUUAAAUGGUUAACAAAUGUUUCUGCUUUUUUUGCUCUCUCUUUUUUAAAAUGAAACAAAUACAAAGCUUUAUACAUAUAUGGCGAUUCUUAUAAGGAAUGAAGACUAGGGUUUUCAAAGGCAAUAAUGAAAAUCAGACACCUGGUUCCCACUAUGGAAGCUGGUGUCUUGACUGAUGUCCUGCAAUGAGUUUUUCUGAAGUUAUUUCUGCUGCUUCUUGCUUGCAAAGAGACUAUUUGAUUAAUCAGCCAUGGGAUAGGCUCCACUGAAGCAGUUUGUGAUCACAAAAUUCAGAUUACUUGCCAGCCAAUAUCUAUAUUAGUUCUCUGGGGCUUAAAGCAAGAAGGAGGUGAGGAACAAAAUUUCUAUGUUGAAGACCCUCCUGAGAUAUGGAUGCAUUGCAAACAUUUGGUGCAUCAAAACCCGGAUAUUUGCAAUGCUCGUUUCUGUCUCUCUCAAAAACUCUCCCAUUCCGACAAUAAGGAUGAAGGAAUUACAUCCAGCUGGAAUUACUUUAUUAAUAUUAACUGGAUUUCUCAGAGGGUGUAUAAUAUAAGUACUUUUUGCAGGAUAAGAAGCAUUAUUGAAAGUCUGAGUCUUCACCUUUUUAAGAAUAGGCAGCACUAAAUCCGUACUUUUUUUCUAUCAGCUUGAAUCUUUUCUUUGCCAGCUUUAAUUUUCUAUUGAGCUUAGCUAAAAAAUUUUUUUUUUAAAUUGGUUUUGCCUGGGGUUAGUAUCAGGGGUUAUUUUUCUGAAAACAGGAUGUGUGGUUUUUUUAUUUUUAUUAUUACUAUUAUUAUUUUUAUAGCUGUGUUCCGAAAAAAAAAAUACUCAUAUACCAGUGCCUGACAAAAACCAAAACACAAAAAAAUGGGAAUUUCAGCAUUCUUUACAUUUUUCAGAAAAAAAAAAACCAAAAAUUGGUAGACAUCACUACAGAAAACAACAAAAAUGAAGACCACUGGGGAAUAUAAAUAAAAGCAAAGACAGAAGAGAGAUUAAAAAAAAUAUAUCCUCUCAGAAAGUGGGUAUCACAGAGACUCGGAGGCGAGAGAGAAACUUUUAACCAAAAAGAACCAACCAAACGAACAAAGGAAGCUAAAAUAAAUAACCACAAGAAACUUUUAAAUAAAGAAGAAAGGAUGAAAAUGGGAAUAAAGGGGAGAUCUUUACUUUUCUCUGGUUAAGACAAAAUGGCUCAACCGUCUUUCUCUGUCCUAAAAAAAAAAAAAAAAAAAAAAAUACCUCAUGGAAAGUUGUGUUGAGAAGCCAGGAUUUUAUAAAUGUCAAAGAGACAAAUAAGUAAACCAAAUCAACUGAAGGGGAGGGCAAGAUCAGAAGAUCCUGUAACUUUCUCCCAGAAGUCUGGAAAGCUUUAAAAAUGGCUUCUCAAAACACUUUUUAAUUUUAUUUUAUUUUAUUGUUUUUAAACUUUUUUUUGUACGUUUCUUUUCUUGGUCUUCUUCGUUUUCAUUUUAACUGGAUGGUCUGGGUUUUGGUUUUCUUUUUUUUAAUACGUUGGGUGGGUUAAUUGAUGUUUUGGGAGCUCUUUGAAUGUUUUGUCUUUUAUUUUCAACUCCUGCGAACCAAAGUUUUGCUGUUGCAGAGAAGGAAGUUAGCCAUGGCAUAACUGCAAUCCGGUAGAAAUCAAAAACCAAACAAAAGGACAGCGUUAAAAAAAAAGAAAAACAAGCAAACAACAAAAUAGAGGACUUUGAACCUUUCUUAAAGGACAGAAACAAAAACCCUCAACCUCAUUUUAUCUCCUGCUUUUGCCGUGCUAUAACGUUCAGGUGGGUUUGAGAUAAGAAAAGAAAAAAAAAAUACUGUGAAACUUUCCAAAACAGAAACCAAUCAACAACAACGAAACAACAAAAAACAAACAAACCAGGAAACACCUAGUUUAAAAGAUUGACUUGAAAAAAAAAGAAGUUUUCAUCCCAUUUUGUGCGUGAGUGAGAGAGAACUGCCAAGUAUUUAUUCAGCCCUUUUAAAGAUUUCAGUUACGGUAUAAUGGUGGACAUCUGGGGAAAAAAAAACUGGAGAGAAAUAUUUCUCUCAUUUUCUCUCUCUUUCUCUCUCUCUCUCUCGUGCUACUGAACGUGUUUCUAGGUGGAAUGUAACUGUUUUAGUGAUCUUUGUUAUAUUUCUUUUCAUUUUUACUUUUUUUGGGGGGUAUCUAUUUUUUUUUAAUAGAGAAAAGUCUAUGUUCCGCUUUAUCGCUUCUUACUGUAUGAAGAAAAAAGACAAAAAAAAAAAAACAAACGCUUAAAAGGUUUGCAACCAAAAAAAAAGAUAAAAAGGGAAAAAAACGAAACAAAAAACAACAAAAAAAUACCAAAAACCAAAAUGUGUUUGUUUUUUUUUUUUUUUUUUUUAAAAGAAUUGAUUCUAGACCAAAAAUGACCCUAUCUCCAUGCAUGGAGCUGAGUGGUGGUUGAAUGGCGUGGAGGGAAAACCGUCAAGAUGUAUAGGGCAAGUAAGGAUGUUGGGAAGUAAGUUAGGUUGCUGUCAACCUGGAGACGAGGAGCAUCAGCUUUUUCAGAAAGAUGAAAAAGGUUCAAAAAGGGGGUAGCUGCUUAAUUGCUCCCCUUUUUUUGCCUUCAAAAACCAGCCAAAUGUUUGACCAGAGUGGGACAGAAAAAAAUAGACACAAGCACGUUGUAGCAGUGAUGGCACUCUUAUUUAAGAUUGUCUGGCGUUAGCUUUAGGAAAGGAGAUAUGGGAGAGAAAUGUAAAUCACGGGGACGUCACUAUCUCCCCUCCCAAAUUGGUGAUUAUAUAUAAGACAUAAAACGUAAAACUUAUUUUGGUAUAGGGAUGGUUGAUCCAAAGCAAGACUGCCUGAUCUUUACUUCUAAUUUGGCCGAUGAUUUUAUGCGGCACGAUAGUGUGAAGUCCAUAACCAACUAGGCCUCUCUAAUCCACGUACUACUUCCACUGGCUGGUUUUUUUUUUUUUUUUUUUUUUUAAAGAAGAUGCUUAAAAAAUAGCUGCAUCUCUUUGCCGAGCUGCCCACUCCUAGGAAUUUUAGAACUGAGGAAGGAAGUAAAGUAAAACCAAAGCUGUCAAACCAAAUAUUUGCUCACACGCCUCCGUGCCAGUGCCUGACCCAGGGUUGGGGGGGGGCACAAGGGAGGGAGACAGGCUAGCCACCCCCUCCCUCUCCUUACAGUGCCAAGACAUCCACCACAAGGCUCUUUGGAGAUAGCCCGCCAUAUACCUCAUAUACUUUAAUGAUAAACCAAAUAGAAAAGCUUUAUUAAGGGUGUGUGCCGUACAGGUCUGUUUGGGGCGGUGGGGAUCAGGCGCAGCAUCCCCUCACCCCAUCGGGGGGGGGGGGAAAUCGGCAGGACAGCCCAGGUCCAAUGAAAUCUGAUCUAUUCAGGUGAGCUUCUAGGGUUCUGCUUCAUCUAUCAACCUGGAAAAGGACAACGUGGUUAGGAUGAUGGAACCAUGCUAAGGACUGAAGACUGCAUCCACAAAGACGUGGGGGGAAAAAAAAAA